AAAAAGAAAAAGAAAAAGAAGAAGAAGAAAGCGACGGUAUGGUAAGCAACGUGCAGGGAAGCCUUUUCGAGGAGAAAAGGAAAGGUGAAUAACAAGGUAGAACGUUGUUGCGACAACAACGACGACAACAAAAAAGAAAAGGAAGGAUCAAUCGAACACGACUAACGUGGCAGAAGAGAAAAGAAGAAUCUUCUACGUAAAAGAAAGAGAGACAAGAAGGUUGCUCGUAGCAAAGAAGCCGAAGAAACGGAAAGAUUCAAAAGAGAAGAUAAGCUGCAGCGAUCAAACUGAAUCGAACGAGGAGAAAGCUCUGAAAAGAGCUCUCAUCCUCUCCCGUCUCAUUCACUCUCUACUCUAUCGAUCUCUGUCCCUUCAAUUCUAUCUCUGUUUACCGCGGUGCACCUGUCUUCGUUCGCCUCGCGCACGCCCCGCCCCGACCAAUGGAGCGUUGAGGGGCCCGGUGACGUCACCGUACAGCGCAGUAGAAGGGCCUGAAAUAGUGGGGAACAGGAUCGUCCACCACCACGUCUCGGAGGCCGUGAAAGCCCCACGGGGGCCAGCAGCUAGCUGGAAUCAGCGGCAGCGGCCUGACCGGCCGUUGGCCGGGUUGGUGGGGGCAGGAAGAGGGGCACCCUGAUGCCCAGGAGACUAGGGCGAAGGAAGAACGCAGGGUACUCACCGAAACCCAUCCCGCAUUUCCCACCACCGGCUCGUCCGGAAAACGUGCGCCACAGAGCUUCCGGACUGGUGCUUGAAUAUCGAGUUCGGUCAAGUGAGUCGGAUUAAUUCUGGUGUAUACAUCCGCGCAAAGCGGUCGAUAAUAAUCGUAAUACUCGAAUUACACAAUUCCACAAUUUUACUGUCACCGUUACUAUCGUCAUCGAUCGGAUUGAUUGCGUGUAGUUUCGAUCCUGGAAAACGGACGAUUUUCGAUUUUCGAUAUUGAAAUAUUACGGUGAUGGUUCCUAUAGAUUUGUAACAUAUAAUGAAAAUGAUUCAGGUAAAUAAACAAUAGAAGAACAUUCUAUUUUCGAUCUCGCGAGACGUUUGAAACUUAUAUUGUUAUUAUUAUUGUUGAUAACAAAAUUGCGGAUACGCGAUUAUCAAAAGAAGGAAAGGAGAAUAUUAUAUUAUAAAAAGAAAACAGAAAGCAGAACAGUGAGAGAGAAUCUCCCUCCAAAGGAGACUCUCGUUAAAAGUGAGAAACAGUUUCCGGUGUCGGAUCAAUUUUGCUAUCAUUCGAUUAAAAAUUUUUCGGAUUGUUUUGAAUCUCGUGGGUGAUUAGACGCAGCUACGACGGUCACAACGGUGGUAAGAGUGCGUGUAGGGAGGGUGUGUGAUGCCCUGGUUAUGCGUGAGUGAGGUCAGUGGCAAGAGGAGGAAAAGAAGGACCGGCAACUCUUCAUCAAACUUGUCGUUUUCACCAUCAUUAUUUAGUUGUGGAGGAGGAGGAUUGCCGGCGGCGGUGGUGGUGAGAACUCAGUGGUAUCCAUCCAAGUGUUCGUGAAAGAGGUACACGAGGAAGCAGUGACCGAACAGGGUCGUCCUCGAGGCAGAGCCACGUGAUUAUGGUGCACCAUCAUCAUCGUCGUCGCGGCCUUCAGGCGAGCCAUCACUGCGCAGUUAGGAGGCGAGGCGCGACACCCUCGCUGCUUCAAGUGUUCCUAUUGAUACUUGGCCUCUGGCUACCGAUAUUGGACAACGGUGCCCUCGUCUUGGCUUGUGGACCAGGCAGAGGUGGCGGACGACGUCCAGGUCUGAGAAAACUUACGCCUCUGGUGUUUAAGCAACAUGUACCCAACGUUAGCGAAAACACGCUACCGGCUAGCGGGCUCAGCGAGGGUCGUGUUUCCAGGCACGAUUCCAGGUUCAGAGAUCUCGUGCCUAACUACAACGCCGACAUCAUCUUUAAGGACGAGGAGGGUACCGGAGCGGAUCGAUUGAUGACACAGAGGUGCAAGGAAAAGCUGAACACUCUUGCUAUUUCAGUAAUGAAUCAGUGGCCGGGAGUGAAGUUGAGAGUGACAGAAGGAUGGGACGAAGAGGGAAAACACGCGACGGAUUCGUUACAUUACGAAGGACGUGCCGUCGACGUGACGACGAGCGAUCGGGAUCGCUCGAAAUACGGAAUGUUAGCAAGACUCGCCGUCGAAGCUGGUUUUGAUUGGGUUUACUACGAGUCCAGGUCGCAUAUUCACUGUUCCGUCAAAUCGGAAUCCUCAUCCGCAGCGAAAUCCGGAGGUUGCUUCCCAGGCAAGAGCUUAGUGCGAACUUCAGACGGUUCAAUGAAGAGAUUAGAUCAAAUUCAACUUGGCGAUCAUAUCGCGGCGCUCGAUUCUAAUGGUGACAUUGUAUAUAGUGAAGUAAUAGCCUUUCUCGACAGAUCUUUAACCGAAAGGCGACAAUUCGUUAGACUAACCACUGAAUCUGGCCAUAUACUCACUCUUACACCGGCUCAUUUGGUUCCUGUUGAGGGUAGAUCAACUGUAUUUGCCGGCAGAAUUCAAUUAGGCGAUAAGAUCUUAGUGAGAGAUCCAUCCAAUGAGAUCGAAGUGCAACAUCGUCUUAGAUGGGACAAAGUGAUCGACAAUCAGUUAGUCCUCGAAGAGGGCAUCUUCGCUCCUCUGACGACUGAAGGAACGGUGUUAAUAGAUGAUGUGGUUGCUUCCUGUUAUGCGUUUGUAGACAACCAAGAAAUAGCUCAUCUCGCGUUUCUGCCGUACAGAUUAUGGAGCAAUAUGAGAUCCUUCUUCGAAAGGAGGAUUUUUGACGGUGAAGAUUUAAGCUAUCAAAACGCAAGACAAAAUUCGAAAACGAAGCAAGAAGGCAUCCUCUGGUAUGCAUCCUUUCUUUAUUGGGUCUCUUCUUAUGUGACACCCACAAAAAUGCUAUAUCAGUGAGCUAGAUAUCACAUUAAUCGAGAGGAGAAUCUUUUUUUAAUUUUUUUGUCUGAAACACGUUUAAAAUAACCCUGUAGUGUCAUGUGAUCCAAAAGGAUUUAAAAAGACAAGUAUUGAAAAUUUUUAACUAAGAAUACAGUUAUUA